AUGCCUUUUUAAAUUAAGCUAUUUGAGAAAUAAGUAGUUUUCAUGCUGUCACACUUUUUAACAAUAGAAUAUAGCAUACCUAAACUGUUCUAAUUGCUUCUUAUUAUUUAUUCAAUUACCUAAUCAAUUUCAUAUUCAUUUUACUACUAAUAUACUUAAGAUGAAUAACUUAGUCAUAGUCUUACUAAAAUUACACUCAUAACAAGACUUUACUUAUACAUUGAAAAUUCAAAUAUUAAGGCAGCCUUAUUUUGGUUGCUUGCUGUUUUAUAAAACUUAAUUUUCCUUAUGGCUGGUUUUGUUGCUUAUAAAAAUCAAUAUGUAUUAGGGACUUUAUCAUUUUGGACCAGAUUUAUUUCUGUCAUUUUCUCUUUUUAUAUCCAUUAUUUUUCAACUGCUUUUUUUCCUCUUAUAUUUGAAAUUUGCCUAUUCAAUUCAACGGAUCUAGCAUAAUUUUUUGUUUCUAUCUUAAUAAUGAUUCAAACUCUAAUUAUUAUGAUUUUAGGAGAACUUGUAUAUAGAAGAGGCUUGAUACUUAAAUCAACUUCUUAAUUAUAUAUUAAUAUGACGACAUACUCAUACAUUAUCAAAAUUCUCAAAUUAAUGUAAAUCAUAUUUUUUUUUUAUUUAAAAUCACAAUUUCUCUCACAAAUCAUUUAAUGUCUUAUUAAUAUCCUUAUAUAAUUAUGUUUUAUUGCAGAAUAAAUUAGAACCAAAGUUUAUGCUUAAAAAAUCUAUUCAAACACUAUAAUAAUUUUUAGUUCAAUUGGAUUAGUUCUUUCUUUUGAUGUUCUUUUAACAUAAUCGACAAAUAAUAAUAACUAUUGGAUAUUAGUUGCUAUAAUCGUAAUUAAAAUAUUAAUGUUUUGUGAAGAAUUUAAAUUUGAUAAAAUAUCUAAUUAUGGAGUUCAUGAAUUAAAAUAUCUUUUUUCAUAUUUAGAUUUAAGUAAUCAUGAAAAAACUGUUACUAAACUUCAAAUUUUUAUAUUAUUCAAAAGCCAUUAUCAAAGUUGUGCCAAUAAGUAGAGUUGUUAUUGUACAAAAUAUCAGAGUAAUCAAUAUCUAGCAUUGGUUAAAAUUAUAGAAAGUAGAAUUGAAGAAAAAUUACAUGGGAAAAUUGAAAUAUCAAGAGAUUUAAUCUGUACUGAUUAUGCUUAAAUUUUAUAUAGAAGUUAAUAAUAUGUUUAAGCCUAAUAACAUAUAACAAAAUUUUUAGCAAAAGAAUCUUUUAAUUAUGAAAAAAACUAAAAUCCUUUAUCAAAAAUAACUAUAUACUUAUUAGAAUUUUUAAAGGCAGAAGUUUUAAAUUAAGUUGUGAUUUAAAUAUCAGAAAAGAUAUUUCUAACGAACUAAAAUAAUAAAUUAAUUAAUGAAUCAUUAAAAUCUUUUGUAUUGAAUGAAAAUUCUGAUUCCUAAAUAAUCUCCAAUUUAAAAAAAAUAAUUCAAGCAAAAAUUUAAUUUUAUUAUUAUUUCGUUGAGCAUCAAAAUAAUUAUUUAGGAAAUGUGAAAUAUGCAUUGUAAUUUAUAAAUUAGAUAUAAAAAUUUAAGGAAACUUUACUAAAUAGAUAUAAUUAGUUUCCAAGUACAUAUUAUAUAUAAAUUUAGCUAGUAGUAACUAAAAUAUAUUGAAAUAUUUUUCUCUACAUAUUCUGAAUGAUUAUAUAGAUUCUUUUAAUAUCAAUAGAGGGAAAGCCUUUGAAGAUGAUAAGUUUAAUUAAUUUUCAGGAUAAAUGUACCAUAAAAUAUUUGGAAUAAAUCCUGCUUAUUUUAUAACUGAAUUAAAUUCUGAAUUAGAUGUAAUAAUAACAAAAAAGUCUUAAAGAGCACAAUAUUUAUUAGAAUAAUGGAAUGUUACAGAAUAAGAAUAAAAAUAUCAAUCCACUGAUUUAAACUCUUAUUUGCCUGAAUAUGUAUUAAAGAAACAUAGUAGUUUAAUAGAGAAAUUUUUAUGUUAAGGGAAAAAUAAGUAUUAUUAAUAGUAAAAUUUAUCUUUUUUAAAAUAAUCAGAAUAGGUAAUGAUGCCAAUCCAAAUAAUGAUAAGUAUGAAUUAAACAAAUUAUGACAAGUUUUCUUUUCUUACAUUUUUUUAUGAGUCACUUGACUAUAGAUCUUAUUUAGUAGUUGAUAAGGAAUUAGAAAUUUUGAAUAUAAGUUCAAAUAUUUCUGAUAGUUUAUAUUAGGGUGAAAGUAAAACUCAUUCAAAUUGUGUGAGUAAUUUGAUACCUAAUUUUCAAUAAUUAGUAUCUACACAUUAAAAUUAAUUUUAUAAUUAAGAAAUAAAAUUAAUAAAAGAAUAUCACCAUUAAAAGGUGAGUUGUUCUUUUACUGGUAAUAUUAAGAUUGAGAGAAAAUUUGAAAAUUAAUAUAAAUGUUAUUUUGUUGAAUUAGAUAAUAUAAGAGCAAUAGCAAAAAAGUUUAAAGAUGAAAACUCAACAUUGUAUAUGGCUACUCCUACUUUAAUAGUUGGUUCUGGUCAUAAAAUAAUGAAUAUAAAUAGUGAAUUCAAUAAUUCAGAAGAGAAGAUGAUUCCUUAUAAUGAUAUUGAGAAUGAUCCAAUAGGAGAGAAUUCAUUAUGCAUACUAUAACAAGAUCAUCAUAGAUAAACAAUAAAUUAAACUGAUACAAAUUUAUUAUGCACUUUAAAGAGUCAUAAUGCUUUUGAACCUUAAUCUUAGAAACGAUUAUUACAUAGUUCAAAGUAUUCUAAUGAUGAAGAAUUAAAAAGAUAGGUAAAUAAGAUUGCAGAGGAAGAUGAGUUUUUAGAAAUAGGAUCUACAUCAUCUGUAUCUGCAAUUAGAAGAUCAAAAUAUUAUAAGAAAUUUGAGAUUAUCACUAUAUUGAUGAAAUCAGAGAGAUAAUCUUAAAAAAUAAUAAAAAUGAAUAAGUACAUUUGUUUAUAUAUUUUUGUUAUUUUGUUAGGAUUGAUAGUUGUAAGAUAUAAUAUUUAUUAUUAAAUAGCAAAUUUUAAUGAUUUAAAACCUAGAAUAAUUUAUAGAGGACAUAAAAACAUUAUCAAUUAGAUAUAAUGUUGUAGAACCAUACGAAUCUUUUUAUGUUUCAAGAUUUUCUCAGGUUAAUUAUAGAGAGUAAUUAUCAGGAGGAUUUAUUAAUGCUAGUGUAUAUGCUUAAUUAACAAAAUAUCCAUUUUCGACAUUUGGUUUAAUGUAUGAUCAUUUGAGAGAUAGUAUGUAUGGUAUACUAGAAAAAAAGGAAAUUGAUUUAUUAUCGGAGAAUAAAUAUAUUACGAUAAACUUUCUGAAUAAUUCAUAUGUUGGAUAUACAAAAAAUGUAACUAUUAGAUCUUUAGCUAAUAUAUUAAUGAAUUAUUAAUAUGAUUUUAAAUUAGGUUUAACAAUUAGAAAUGUUGCAUUUGAUAGCCCAUUCUUUUAUUUUACUAGUAAAAACUACCUUAUAAUAAAACAUACAUUUGAUGGUCUAAAUAAAAUAGUUUUAGAUGCUACUUUAUAAAGAUCUACUUUAGAGAAAGAGAAAUGGUUAUCAGUAUUAUUACCAUUUAAUAUAAUAAGUUUAUUGCUAUGUAUAAUAAUAAUAAAUAGUUACAGAGAAUAUAAUUAAAUAAUGAAUUCAAUAUUUUAAUAUUUGAUGGAUUUAGAUCAAUAAAUAUUAGAUGAUGAAAAAAAGAGACUUUAAAAACAUUUAAAUGUAAUUACAAAUGAAUUAGACAAAGUGAAAAGAUUUGAAUUUGAUAUUGAUGCAAUUGAUAUUGAACUUGAUGAAAGUAAUUACUAAAUAAAUAAAAAAUAUUCAAAAAGAGAUGGAAAAAGAUUAAAGAUUACAAAUAAUUAUUUAAGAACAACAAUCUUUAUAGCUUUAACACACCUUCUUUUAUUCUUAACAUUUUAUACUGUGAUAUUUUUUAUAGUUGAAAGAUAUUUUAAUAAAUAUGAUUAAACUGCUAUUAUUUAUCAGCGAAUAAGUGAUCUUGGAGUUGAUAUUCCUACAUUAUAUGCAUAAAGAGAAGUUAUUUAUAGAAGAACCUUAAGAUACUUUUUCUUAACAGCUGCUGAAAUUGAUGGAGUUUAUGAUGUAUUUUUUUAGGCAUAUAACAAAGUUGAAGAAUUUUCAUAAUUAAGUAUAGAUUUAAGUUCAAAUGAGUACUUAUUUGAUGAAAAUGCUGUAAAUUUCUAUAAUGGUAUAACAACUGGAAAUUUAUGUGAUUUUUAAACAGAUUAAUUUAAAGAACUUUCAAAUUCUACUUGUAAUUUAGCAAUGAAUGGUAAUUUAUUAAAAGGUUUAUCAUAAAUAUUACCAUACAUAUUGUAUACUUUAAAGAGUUAACAGUAUGAGAGUAAGAACUUUACAAUUUUACCAACAAACACAAGAUUAGAAUUAGAAGGAGCUACUAUAAUAGGUAAUGUAAUGUAAACAGUUAUAUCAUAACUUUAUGAUAAUUUACUGAUUUCAUGUUUAAAGUUGAUGAAUUUCACUUAGAUUCCUUCAAUUGUAUUUCUUAUAUUAUAAUGUAUAUUCAUAACAAUCUACAUUCUCUUUAUAAAUGAAAAACAUAGAUCACAAUUUUAGUCAAUUAAGCAAUCAAUAUUUUUAUUUCCUAGAUAGACUUUAAUAUUUGAUGAUUAAUUUUAUAGGAAUUUCAGAUCAAUUAUAAAGGAUGAAGGAAUUUAAUAAUGA